AUGGGGAUCUCUCCAAGCAAGCCUUACUUUGAAAUCGGAGUUAUCUCAGGUAUAGAAAAGCGACGUAAAGCUCCUUUAUAUACAGUAAAUAUGGCUAAUUUUGCCUUUGCCGUGAAAUUUGGAGGGCUAGCCAAACUUUAUUUCAAUGAAAGGAGACCCGAUCUUCUCCCGGAUACGAGACAACCCGAUGAAGAGUUGAAUAAGGUCGAGUAUCAUAACUGUCCGCCCAAUACAUGUUGCACUGGAGCUGCAUUUGUCGGGAGACCUGGGAGUCCUGAAGAAGAUGGUGGAUGGAUCAUUACAUAUAUACAUAAUGAAGAAUAUAACGUAUCUCAAGUUUGGAAUCAGCGCCCACUUGAAGAUGCUCCUUCGUAUAAAAUAUGUCAUUCAAUUGGGACGGACAGAAAGAUCCAAAGGCAAAAACAGAGAAUCAAGUAUAAAGAACCAUAA